GGAGGGGUGAAAUAUCCCACACUUAAAGAGACACAUUGUUGCUGCUAGUGGGAAAAGAAAAGAUUGUGGAGUUUGCAGGCUUCAAAGGGAAAUAAUGAUCCAUAGUACGUAGAGAAAAGGCUUUAGGGCAGAUAGAAGAGAAGGAAGCGAAACACUCCAGCUGAACUGUGCAGACAUGUAGCAGGAAGCUGAUCCUCGUCUUACACUGGGAGGGGGGAGAAUAGUUUUUUCCUUGCUGUUGCUGACUGGAAAGAAUUAACAAGGAAGGAGAGAGGGAGCGAAGGGAAAAGAAGACAGCUUUAAGGUGAGGCACAGCAUGCAGUCCUGUAGCCCUACCCAGCUGAGCAAUAUGGCUGCUGCUUCCAGACUGGCUGAGCUGUGUGCGAGCAGAGGUUGCAGGAGGGCAAGCCAGUGUUCAGCUUGUAUGCAGGCUGGAAGCUCUAGGUUCAUACAGAGCCUGUAACUCGGGAGUACAGACCACGCAAAACCACACACAGGGGUGGAGGAGGGAGAAGUCAGUCCCAACUAUACUGCUUCCUCCUGUCCAGGAUGGAGCCCAAGCACAGGGAGUUGUUGAAAAAGUGCCACAAGAACCUGACGGAGUCCAUAAGCGAUGCAGACAGACUUUUGAAUGUUCUGGAGGAGGCUGGGGCCCUCACCAUCAGAGACAGAGAGGAGCUGGAUGGCAGCAGUUCCAGUGGUCAGGAGAAAGUAGACCUCUUACUAAAAAUGCUUUUGGUAAAGGAAAAGGACCACUUCCAAGAUCUUAGGGUGGCUCUGGAGAAAACUGAACCCCACCUCCUCUCCAUCCUUUACUUAAAUGGCCUUGGAACUGGCGACACAGCAGGCUCCACCUACAGUGUCCUCACUACUAUGCCAUCAGACUCUGAAAGCAGUGGCUCACUAAGCAGCAUAGGUACGACAAACAAACCCUCUUCCCCUCCCCCAACAGCAGCUGACAGUUUGCAAGUGAAUGAGAAGAUUGAGACCAUAUUGUCACAGUUGCGACAAGUGACACGUGAAAGAGAUGAGCUGCGCAAACGCUUAGCAUUGUCCUCUCCAGGAUCUACAUUUGAUGACUGCAGGUCCAGUCCCAAGCUCACUCCAGACUAUGAGAGGCUAAAGGUUCAGUGCAUGAAAGCGAUGUCGGAGCUAGAAGCACUACAAAGUCAGCAUGCCAAGGCUCUAAAAAAAUGUGAGGAGGCCGCAAAAGAAGCAGAUUUCUACCAUGCUUUGCACAGCCGUAUGUUGAGUGAUCACACACAAUUGCAAGAGGAUAGUGAGAGCAUGCGCAGGAAUCAUGCCCAGUUACAGCGGGAGUUCUCUCAUUUGCAGCAGUCUUGUCAGGACCUAAAGCAUUUGCAUGAGACUGAUCAAUUAGAGAUGUCAGAGCUGAGGAGGCAGCAGCAGCUGGUGGUCAAACAGAAUGGAUCUUCUGAGCUUAUCAACAAACUUUAUAAUACUGCUUUGGACAAGCUAGAAGGUGUAAAGAAGGAUUAUGACUCCUUGCGGAGGCAGUACAAUGAAAAGGUCUCCAGUCACAACUUAGACCUGGGUCGGCUAGAACAGAGUGAAGAGGAAAAGAGAAGUUUGCAGAAACAACUAGAAGGGUUGCUGAAACAGAGAGAGAAUGCAAUACACUUUCAACAUCAGUUCUCUUCUUCUAUGAGAAGGUAUGAUUCCAUCCAGCAAGAAUUAAACAAAGUAACUUUACAGAACAAAGAGCUUCAGAGGGAGAUGGAGCGAUUGCAGGCAGAGGCCACACGCUUUAAAACCAUGCAGCUGAAGGCUUCCAAGGAAGCAGAGAAAUAUAAGGAAGAAAGAGACUCUGUGUUUAAUGAAUAUCGUCUAAUAAUGAGCGAACGAGACCAAGUCAUCAAAGAGAUGGACAAAAUGCAGACUGAGUUAGAGCUUGCACAAGGCCGAUUAAAGAAUACUUCCAGUGAGAAGCGGGUGGCCAGUGAGGAGAUGGAAGCACUUAGACAGGAGCUGAACUCCGCUCUGGUGGAGCGUGACAGAUCAAUUUUUGAGAGAAAUGAACUUCUAGAAAAAUACUGCCAUGAAGUAAAGGACAAAGCAGAGGCCCAAAAAGAACUUGACCAGGCAUGUAAGGAUAUAGAGACUGUGAAGGAAGAGCGAGAUGUGGCAAGGAAAGAGAGGACAGAGGCCAUUAUACAAAGGGACCACCUACUGAGAGAAUACUACCAAGCAAGACAGAUUCAGGAUUCUGCCACUCUAGACAUGGAGAGAGCCAACAAAGAAAUUGAAGUGCUUAGGAAACAAUAUGAAGCUAUGAGUCAUGAACUUAAGGAGGCAACUCAGGAGGCAGAGGUAGCCAAAUGCAGGCGGGACUGGGCCUUUCAAGAGAGAGACAAAAUUGUGGCAGAGAGAGAGAGCAUUCGGACUCUUUGUGAUAACUUGCGGAGAGAGCGUGAUCGAGCAGUUAGUGAACUCGCAGAGGCUCUGCGCAACCUGGAUGAUAUGCGAAAACAGAAAAAUGAUGCAUCAAGAGAACUAAAAGAGCUUAAAGAGAAGAUGGAUAAUCAAAUGGAGAAGGAGGCACGGUUCCGGCAGCUCAUGGCCCACAGCUCCCAUGAUUCAGCCAUUGAUACUGAUUCACUGGAAUGGGAGACAGAAGUGGUAGAGUUUGAGAGAGACCGGGAGGAUAUGGACCUUAAAGCUCUUGGCUUUGAUGUGGCAGAUGGGGUUAAUGAGCCUUUAUUUCCAGGGGAGAGCUGUAUUUUUGUCACCAAGGUGGACAAAGGCAGUAUUGCUGAUGGCAGACUAAGAGUUAAUGACUGUCUCCUCAAGAUCAAUGAUGUGGACCUUGCCAAUAAAGAUCGUAAGCAGCUUUUAAAAGCUGUGCUGAGUGGAGGAGAAGUAAUUAACAUGGUGAUCCGAAGAAGGAAGUCUUUAGGAAACCGGAUAAUCACACCUCUGCAUAUCCACUUGGGAAGUCAGAAAGAUAGUGGAAUUUCCCUGGAGAGUGGUGUUCUUGUAUCUGCAGUAGUACCUGGAAGUCCUGCCGCUAAGGAAGGAUCCCUUGUGGCUGGAGACAGGGUAGUGACUAUUAAUGGCAUUUCCCUGGAUAAUAAAUCAGUUAUGGAGUGUGAGGCUCUGCUGCGGAACUGCCAAGAAUCUUUGAACCUUUCUCUGCUGAAGGUUGUGCCUCCUAACACUUCAUGGAGUGGGCAAAAUCUCUUUGAGAAUCUAAAAGAGUCAUGUCACGUUCUUUCUCCAAAUAUUCAUGCUCAGAAUAAAAGAAACCUGAAGAACAACAGUUCCACCCAGACAGAUAUUUUUAAUCCAGACAUUUUAGAAUGUAAAAAAAAUAUGGGGGACAGGACUGGAUCUGAACGUGCCCUUCAACUCAGUUGUCACAGCCACUCAGAACAUAGCCUGAGUUCCCUAGGAGGUGAAGUAUUUAUGGGACAAGGUUAUGAUAUAUUGGAUGAUGGGGGGCAUCCACUUGGUUUUGCUGAUACUAUGGAAGAUAAUUUAGUGGAGACUGCAACUGGAAAGCGUAGCAGUGGUACAUGGCCCAAAGUUAUGGUGAGCCCAGGACAUUCGCAAGGUGAAUUCACAGUUUUUAAGAAGCCCAGGCAUCGGAAGUCCAUUUUUGAUCCAGAUACUUUCAAGAGGCCACAGACUCCACCAAAAAUAUCAUUUUUGCCUCCUGUACAAGUACUUGGUCAUUCUCCUCAACCAUCAAAGACUGAAAGACCACCAACUCCACCCACCCCUCCAAAACGCAGUGACUCUAUUAAAUUUAAACACAGACAUCAAUCUAGCUCAGCCUCUGAUUCUACAGUAACAGCAGGGUCACCCCCUACUAGUCCAUCCCCUGGGCCCUUACCAGCGGAAACUUCACACAAAGCACAUCAUAGCAGGGCAAUUGGCAGUUGCUGCCGGGAAGAUGGGAUUGAUUGCCCUUUGACAGGAUGCAUUGGGACUGGGGAUGUAGAAGGCUGUUUGCAGAGAGCAGAGGAACCAGAAUUAAAAAGGGCAAGACCUCGAUCUGCACCAGCACUGAGGCACCGUUUAGCACCUGUGCUUAUACCUCACUAUGCACUUCAGAAAUUCUCCAUGAACUCAGAGGAAAGGCUUUCUCCAGAGCUUGCUCAUGACUGGAUACGGUUCUCUCCUACUCGCUCCCCGCGGCAUAGCGAUAUCUUUGCAGCUUCCAUGUAUGGGCCAGGUAUGUCAGGCACAGUGCCCAGGAGCCUGGCUCCAUGUCCUGCCGUGACUGCAGUUUUGAGGAAUCCAAUCUACACUGCAUGGAGUCAUCGGGUCCCCAGUAAUAACUGUCCCUCCUCUGCAAAUCAAAUUUGUCAACAACAUCUUCAUUCAAGUGCACAGCAUCAUGGUCGUCUGAGCUUAGAUCUUAGUAAUAAGCACCCAAAUGAAUUCUGUGACACUUCACGUUCAAGAGUUCCCCAUGGGUCUAACUCUCUACCAUCCAGUGCUCGUCUUGGCUCCUCAAGAACAGAACGCAUUAAAAUACCCUCAACCCCUCGCUACCCCAGAUCCUCAGUGGGUUCAGAUAGAGGAUCUUUGUCGCAUUCAGAGUGCAGUAGCCCCAGCCUAGCCAGCCCACCACACUCACCUCUUAAUUUGGAGACUUCAUCUUUUGCCAGCAGUCAAUCCCAAAGCUCAGUUGCAAGCCUCCCCAGAAUAUCUGUCAGUACUGUGCCCAUUGGGGAACGCAGGAAGGACAGGCCACUAGUGGAGGAGCCACGGCAUGUUAAAGUUCAAAAAGGUUCAGAGCCUCUAGGGAUUUCGAUUGGUGGUGGGGAGAGUGGGGGAAUAUUUGUCUCCAAGGUAACAACAGGAAGCAUUGCUCAGCAAGCUGGAUUGGAGUAUGGUGAUCAGCUGCUCGAGUUUAAUGGCAUAAACUUAAGAAAUGCGACAGAACAGCAAGCCCGGCUAAUCAUUGGACAACAGUGUGACACCAUCACUAUCCUGGCUCAGUACAACCCAAACAUGUGCCAGCACAUCCAUUCUCGUUCUAGCUCGAGACUGGACACAAGCACCACUCAUUCCACACCACACAGCAGUGGAGCAGCAACUCCUGACAACCAUUCCAUCAUUGACACUGUGAGUGAGCAGGAUGAAGGGACCAUGACUCCACCUUCCAAGGAAUCUACACCUAGCACUAGCCCAUGCAGCUCACUCAGAACAAAUGCCGAAGGAAUUAAGAGACAUUCAGAACUUCGUGUAGUCACCCUGUCUAAAUCUCCAGAGAAACUGGGAAUACAAAUCUGUGGGGGGAACUUGCAUGGAAUAUUUGUCUUAGACAUAGAGGAAGAAAAUGUGGUUGGAGGUUUGCUUAAAGGAGAUAUGGUUCUUGAGUAUGGGUCUGUGGAUAUGAGGAACCGAACAGCAGAGGAAGCCUACCUUGAGAUGCUUAAACCAGCAGAAAACAUCAAGGUAAAAGUACAACAGAAAAUUGAUGAAUUCAACAAACUGAAAGACCUGCCUGGAGAUGGAUUCUAUAUACGAGCACUUUAUGAUCGUCAAGCAGAGCUUCCUUCGGAACUAAGUUUUAAGAAGGAUGACAUAUUGUACGUGGAUGACACUCUUCCUCAAGGGACCUUUGGUACAUGGAUGGCAUGGCAACUAGAUGAAAAUGCACAGAAACUGCAAAGAGGACAGGUUCCUAGCAAGUACAUGAUGGAACAAGAAUUUUCACGAAGACUCAGUAUGUCAGAGGGGCGCGAUGAAACCAUGGCCAGCAAAACACUCUCUGCUGCUGCUAGACGUUCAUUCUUCCGAAGAAAAAAUAAGCAUAAGCGCAGUGGGUCUAGAGAUGGAAAGGAUCUGCAAGGCUUGGAUACAAUCAGUACUGACUCAAUUCCCUUUUUGGAUGAAUCAGUUAGUUUGGCUUACCAACGUGUCCAAAGGGUGGAUUGCACUUCUCCCCGACCAGUGCUUAUCCUUGGACCAUUGGUUGAUGCUGUAAAGGAUAUGCUGGUAAAGGAGUCACCUGGAAAGUUUUGCAGAUGCCCACUUGAGGUAAUGAAAGCUUCGCAACAGGCUAUAGAGCGUGGGGUGAAGGAUUGUUUAUUUAUAGACUACAAGAGACGUAGCGGGCAUUUUGAUGUUACAACUGUUGCUUCAAUAAAAGAGAUAACAGAGAAGGACUGCCACUGUUUACUGGACAUAGCACCCCAUGCAAUAGAGAGGCUGCACAGUGUGCACAUCUAUCCCAUUGUACUAUUCAUCCGGUACAAAAGCACUAAGCAGAUAAAGGAACAAAAGGACCCAAUUUUUCUAAGGGACAAAGUGACACAAAAACAUUCCAAAGAACAGUUUGAAACUGCACACAAGAUUGAACAGGAAUACAGCAAGUAUUUUACAGCUGUAAUCCAAGGUGGUGCCUUGUUUAGCAUUUGCAAUCAGAUUUGCUCCAUUGUGGAUCAAGAACAAAGUAAAGCUCUAUGGAUUCCAGCAGGAUCCCUGUAAAGUUCAGAGAGCACGGUUCACUUUAUGACUUAAUACGUAAUCACAGUUAUCUACAGAAAUCCUCAACUGUGCCUGUUUUUGCUGGAAGUUAAUGAUUUUAAGAUGAAUUUAACACUAUAUACUCAGUAACAAUUGUUUAUUGGUAAACCACUUAUCCAUCACCAAAUCAUUAGAUUCCAUUAAAUAAAUACAAAGUCAAUCCCAAGAAUGGCCACGGAGUCAGUUAGCAAAUAACUGGUACUUGAAGUAUGCAACCAGGAUAAUGGACAGACUUCCAAGACUUCUGCACAUCACUAAAGUGCUUAGAUGCCAGAACUAAAAGUGAACAGAUUUCACAAGAACAACUGCCAUCUCUUUGGACAAACAGAUGAAUAAGAAAACUGAAAACUGCAAGAAUAUCAGAAAACAAAAAAAGCCUGAUGGCAACAAACUUACAUCUUAAAGAGAAUUUUAAAAGGCCACUUUUAAACAGAAAUGUAUAAAAUGCAAGAGCACAGUGAGUGCCUCUUCUCUAGGGACCAGGACAUUAUCCCAGGAGGGCUCUGACGUGCUAAUUAAAGGUACUAGACACUAAGAAGCAAAGUACUGCUUUUCACGAGUGUUAAAACUUGAGCCCUGUAAUAUACUGUAUAUGCUUUCACUUUGCAACUUUGGGAACUGUCAGCACUGCAUUCCUUCCACUGUUAUACUUGAAUAGGGGUUCAAAAAGAGAUUAAACACUCCUUAAAAUCCA